AUGAGAAGUAUUCCUAGAGAGCAUACAAUUGGAUGUGUAGAUAAAUACUCCUGUAUACUUGGAAUCAAACUUUAUACAAAGGACAAGAUACACGUUGCUUUCUUUUUCAAAAGGUGCCCAAGCAAUGUAACACUACAAAAUCUAACAGUUGUCACAGAAUUCCAUCUCAUGCCACUCUUACAGGAUCAAGAACAACAGCCCACACUUUUUGGACUGUUCCUAUCCAUGUACCUGAUAACAGUAUUUGGGAACCUGCUCAUCAUCCUGGCUGUCAGUUUUGAGUCCCAUCUCCACACUCCCAUGUACUUCCUCCUUUUAAACCUGUCCUUGGAUGAUAUCUGCUUCUUCUCCACCACGGUCCCAAAGAUGAUUGUGAAUGUGCAGGCUCACAGCAGAGUCAUCUCCUAUGUGGGAUGUUUGACACAAAUGUCACUUUACAUCAUUGUUGGAAACAUGGAUGCUAUGCUUCUGGCUGUGAUGGUCUUUGACCAUUUUGUGGCCAUUUUUCCCCCUCUGCAUUACUCAGUCAUCAUGAACCUUCCCCUCUGUGUCUUCUUAGUGUUCAUAUCUUUAUUGUUUAGCCUUUUGGACUCCCAGGUGCACAAUUUCAUUGUUUUUCAAUUUUCCCACUUCAAAGCUGUGGAAAUUUCUAAUUUCUUCUGUGACCCUUCCAAACUUCUUAAUCUUGCCUGCUCUGACAAUUCCAAAAAUAAUAUAGUCAAGUAUUUGUUGUUGCCUGUCUCUGGGACCUUUUUCUCUUAUUACAAAAUAGUUUCCUCCAUUCUUAAGGUCAAAUCAAUAGGAGGGAGGUAUAAGGCCUUCUCCAUGUGUGGGUCUCACUUGACAAUAGUUUGUUUGUUUUAUGGAACAGGGCUUGGAGUGUACCUUAGUUCAGCUAUAUUACAUUCUCCCAUAAAUGGUGCCCUGGCAUCAGUGAUGUGCACAGUUGUCACCCCUAUGCUGAAUCCAUUCAUCUACAGCCUGAGGAACAGGGACAUUAAGAGGACACUGAGGAAGAUUCUCAAGAGUAUAUUCUGA